GGCGAUUUCUGUGAGGGGAGCCAAGGUGGCGGGCCGGUCCCGUCCCGUCCCGGGGAGGAGGCCCUCACGGACCGACAUGCCGCCCAAAGCCCCCCGGAAAGCCGCCCCGGAACGGCCUCCUCCUCCUCCUCCUCCUGAGGGGGCCAUGGAGGCGGACAGCGGGGACCUGCCGCCCCUCAGCAGUCUGGAAUUUGAAGACAUCGAAGAACCUGAUUUUGCUGUACUGUGUCAGAAGCUGAAGGUACCAGCUGAUGUCAGAAAGGGAGCUUGGGAUACCUGGAGGAAAGUCUCAUCCGUGGAUGGGAUGCUGGAUUAUAUUCAAAAGAAGAAGGAAUUGUGGGGAAUCUGUAUCUUUACUGCAGCAGUUGACCUGGAUGAGAUGACAUUCACUUUUACUGAACUGCAGAAAAGUAUAGAUGUAAGCGUGUAUAAAUUUUUUCAGUUGCUGAAAGAAAUCGACACUAGUACUAAAGUAGACAGUACCGUAUCAAGACUAAUGAAGAAAUAUGAUGUGUUGUUUGCACUGUACAACAAAUUAGAGAGGAUUUGUGGACUUAUAUAUGUUGCCCAGCCCAGUAGUCAGGUGGCAACUGAAAUAAAUUCUGGGUUGGUGCUAAAAAUUUCUUGGAUCACGUUUUUACUGGCUAAAGGGGAAGUAUUACAGAUGGAAGAUGACUUGGUGAUCUCCUUUCAGUUAAUGUUAUGUGUUCUUGACUAUUUUAUCAAGCUCUCACCUCCUGCAGUGCUCAAGGAGCCUUAUAGAAAUGCCGUGAGUGUAAUACCUAUCAAUGGCUCACCUCGCACAUCAAGGCGAGGUCAGAACAGGAGCGCACGGCUAGCAAAGCAACUGGAGCAUGACACAAGAGUCAUUGAAGUUCUUUGUAAAGAGCACGAAUGCAAUAUAGAUGAGGUGAAAAAUGUGUAUUUCAAAAACUUCAUUCCUUUUUUGAAUUCUCUUGGCAUUGCAGCUUCUAAUGGAACUAGUGGACUUCCAGAGGCUGAAAAUCUUUCCAAGCAGUAUGAAAAGAUUUACCUUAAGAACAAAGAUAUGGAUGCAAGACUAUUUCUAGAUCAUGAUAAAACCCUUCAGACUCAGCCUAGUGAUCUACGUUCUGAAAUCGAGAAAACCCCCCAAAAGAACAACCCUGAUGAAGAAGUACAGCUAAUUCCUCCACAAACACCAGUUAGGGCUGUCAUGAAUACUAUCCAACAGCUGAUGAUGAUUUUAAAUACUGCAAGUGACCAGCCAUCCGAAAAUCUCAUCUCCUAUUUCAAUAACUGCACCGUGAAUCCUAAGGAAAGUAUCCUUAAAAGAGUAGAAACCAUUGGAUGCAUCUUUAAAGCGAAAUUUGCUGAAACUGUUGGACAAGGAUGUAUUGAAAUUGGCUCACAGCGAUACAAGCUCGGCGUACGAUUGUAUUACAGAGUAAUGGAAUCUAUGCUCAAAUCAGAAGAAGAGCGCCUGUCCAUUCAAAACUUUAGCAAACUCCUGAAUGAUAACACCUUCCAUACCUCCUUGCUGGCUUCUGCUGUUGAGAUUGUCAUGGCCACUUAUGGCAGGAGUGGAUCCCAGAAUAAUGGUGCUGGAACUGACUUUCCGUGGAUACUGAAUGUACUUGAUUUAAAAGCCUUUGACUUUUACAAAGUAAUUGAAAGCUUCAUUAAAGCAGAAACAAGCCUGACAAGAGAGAUGAUAAAGCAUCUAGAACGUUGCGAACAUCGAAUCAUGGAGUCCCUCGCGUGGCAGUGGGAUUCACCUCUGUUUGAUCUCAUUAAACAAGCAAAAGAACGAGAAGGACCAGCUGAUCACCCUGAGCCCACUUCCAACCUUAAUCUGCCUCUUCAGCAUUCUCACACUGCAGCAGAUCUAUAUCUGUCUCCUGUUAGAUCCCCUAAGAUAAAAGGAGCAACAGUUCGUGUAAAUUCCUCUCAAAAUGCAGAGGCACAGACAACUUCAGGAUCCCAAAUUCAGAAGCAACAGAAAUCUACCUCCCUUUCACUUUUUUAUAAAAAAGUGUAUCGACUAGCAUAUAUCCGACUGAAUUCCCUAUGUUCACGCCUUUUGUCUGAUCACCCGGAACUGGAACACAUCAUCUGGACCCUUUUUCAACAUACCCUGCAAAAUGAAUAUGAACUAAUGAGAGACCGACAUUUGGACCAGAUCAUGAUGUGCUCUAUGUAUGGCAUCUGUAAAGUGAAGAAUAUUGACCUGAAAUUCAAAAUGAUUGUGACAGCUUACAAGGACCUCACUCAUGCCAUCCAGGAGACUUUCAAGCGUGUUUUGAUAAGGGAGAGACAGUACGACUCCAUUAUAGUCUUUUACAACUUGGUCUUCAUGCAGAAACUGAAAACGAACAUUUUGCAAUAUGCUUCCACAAGGCCCCCAACCUUGUCACCUAUACCUCACAUUCCUCGAAGCCCUUAUAAGUUUUCCAGCUCUCCUUUACGUGUGCCUGGUGGGAACAUCUACAUUUCACCUCUGAAGAGCCCCUACAAAUUUUCAGAAGGAUUGCCAACUCCCACCAAGAUGACUCCAAGAUCAAGAAUCUUAGUGUCAAUUGGUGAAUCGUUUGGGACUUCUGAGAAAUUCCAGAAAAUAAACCAGAUGGUUUGUAGCAGUGACCGUUCACUCAAAAGAAGCGCUGAAGGAAGCAACCCUCCGAAACCGCUGAAAAAGCUCCGCUUCGAUAUCGAAGGGCAGGACGAAGCAGACGGAAGCAAACAUCUACCUGGAGAGUCUAAAUUUCAGCAGAAACUUGCAGAAAUGACCUCCACCCGAACGAGAAUGCAGAAGCAGAAGAUGAACGAUGCCAUGGACAUCUCAAACAAAGAAGAAAAGUGAAAAUCUUCUCAGGACCGUUUUCUGCACUGCAUAGUCUUCUGGCUUCACUUGACUAGUUUGUUUCGUUUUGUAUUUGAUUGUCCAGCCAGCAUAGUAUUUUUGGCUACUGGGGACAACAGGUGACUAGUUAAAAUAUUUAGCUUGCAGCUCUUUCCGGUGUUUUGGGGCACACACGCAUAAUAUUACUUAAGCUUGGUGUGAGAUGCUCCUUGGGAGCCUCUCUCCUGCUAGUGGGAGAGGUUUGUGGCAAUCCAACUGGCAGAUUGGCCAACUUCAAAGGGGCAGAGACAAGCAGGAGGAAGGGCAGCCUAGUCCCACCUGGUCAUUUCUGCUAAACACUCUCUACCCUAAGAUGUAGCAUGACCAUGUCUUAAUGCCACUGAGUUUGAUUAAUUUAUGAAUUGUUCUUUCCAGAUGACUUUUUCUCCCGCUUCCUUAAUGCAUCUGUAGUGAUUUGCCCACCAAUAGCAUCCUAUUUCUCUGGAACGCUUCUGUCUCAAGUAGCCAUUUGAAGCUAGAAAGGAUGACUUGAAAUGCACUUAUUAUUUUUGUUCAGUAGAUUUCUCUUUACCAUUGGAAUUUGAUGCACUAUUUGCUUAGUUUGCCCAUUUUUAUCUUUUACGUACCGACAGAAAGAAAAGUGGAAAGUAAACUCGUGUUGUAGCUGUACUACUGACAACAGAGCCCAUACCUCAGAGAGGGUGAAAGCCUCCUACUACUGCUCCUCUCUCCUUCCCCCUCCCUUACUCUCUAAAACCAUGGGUAGAUGACAUCACUGUUGAUUUGUCUACUUGCCAAUUUGGAUCCUGUUGAGCGUAGGAACGGCCCAGAUGAAUACUUGAAUGGGGCUGUGUUCGGCCCUCACCGUGAACCUAGUAAGUGCACUCUCUAAUCUUUCUGGGCCCUCAAGAAUCAAGGCAGAAAUGACUUAAAUUAAAGAAAACAGAUUUAACUGCAGGAGUCAAUGCCUCCAACUUUUUUUCCCCUCCUCCCCCCCCUUCCCUUUGAGGUCAGAGAUUUAGGAACAAAGCAUUUAAUAAUCAAGGCCUUCACUCUCAAACUUGGGAAAGUUUAAAGCUUCAUCAGAUGACUUUUAACGCAAACUUUAUACAUUCAAUUUUAUUUAAAAUUGGCUACCCUUUUUUUUUUUUAACUCUUAGAGAUUAAGCUGGCUGGCUGUUUACCCUUGAAGACUGAAAGUAGUCCAAGUUCUAUAAGCAAAGGUCUCCUUGAAGGGCAGCCAACCUGUUGAUCACGAUUUAAUUUUGUGCAAAUGCUUCAACUUAAAACAGCUGGGUUAGGAAAAAAAAUGCUGUUUUAAUUGCAACUAAAGGUGUAUUUAAAAUAUCUUGUGUGGAUAACUUAUUUAGAAAUGGUGUAGUUAAGAAAGGUGAUAUUUAAGGCAGCAUCACCUCAUUUUUUUUUAAAGGAUCACUUUUAACAGUCUAAAUCCAGAACUCGUUAAAAAAAAAAAAAGGCAUUGACUUGGGACUGUUUUGAUAGAAAGUUAAGCCUUAUUUGAAGACCUGUUAAGUUUUAAACUGAAAUACUGCUUUGACAGUUUUCUUGAAAUAUGUUCAAAAGAGUUGAAGUCUGUAAUAGCAUGUUUCUCUCACUUAGUUUUGCCUUGAUUUCAGUCAGCCGUUAGUUUGUAAACCCGAGGCUUAAGGCCUCUUAGGGCCUUUAUCUCUACAUUCAUAUUAGGAUUCAUGCCAAGACUGAAAAACAGUCUGAACUGCAAAAACAGUGUGCUGUAAAGGAAAGUUCCUAAACAUACCCUCAGCUAAUAGUAUUGCUUUUCUUUUCCAGUUUUUCCAUUUUUGUUCGGAUUGGUUAAAGACUGUGCAUUAAAAAGUGUUUGUUACUAUUUUCUACCAUUAAUAUCUUUGAGGAAUAAUAAAAUAGCUAUUAAGAGA